GCUAUCUGGUGCCUCAUCUUUCUUAUUUCUGUUCGUUUUUCUCGCGGCUUUCCCCUAACUAAUAUGGCGGACUGUGCAUUGUGUUUCCUGGCUGGCGUUACCCUGGGAAACUAAAAAUGGCGGCCUCCGUCUCCCGGACAAUGGGUCGACUGGUUUGAGAUGACAGGAAACAGUAACCAAAGAAAACACUUGUUACAACCAAGCUAUGCAGACGCAACACACCCAACCGUGAAGCAGAUAGUCUACAGCAGCAGAAGACCACAUCAGGGAAAACUGAAGAUACAAUUCACACAGGCACCAACAUUAGACAUUAGAAGACUGGAAGAAUAUUGUCUGGUCUGAUGAGUCUGGAUUCCAAUUUUGACAUUCCGAUAUGAGAACCUGGUGUAAACAAUAUGAAAGCAUGGAUCCAUCUUCCUGCCUUUGGCGGACACCAUUUUCCAUAGCACAGGGCCGCAGCCUGCACCUCACUCAAGUGGGACAGAAGGCCAAGACUGGGGCAGAGCAGAUAUGGCUUACCAGGCAGCUGAGGGAUCCCUAUGUAAAGGCAGCGCAUGCUCAGAAUUACCGCUGCCGCAGUGCCUUCAAGCUGCUGGAGAUCGACAAGGAGCAGAAAAUCCUGCAGCCUGGAAAUAGUGUUGUAGAUUGCGGUGCGGCCCCUGGGGCCUGGAGUCAGGUGCUGGUUGACAAAGUAAAUUCUUUGGGACUAGAUGCCACAGCGAGUGUCGGAUUCGUCCUGGGAGUCGAUCUUCUUCACAUUACUCCGCUGGAAGGAGCAGUUUUUCUUUCUAAAUGUGACCUUACAGACCCUGCCACCCAUAAGAAAAUUAUUGACCUCCUCCCUUCCGGCCAGGCAGAUGUCAUCUUGAGUGACAUGGCUCCCAAUGCCAGCGGGAUAAAAGAACUGGAUCACCAGAGACUUGUCAACAUGUGUCUGUCUCUCCUGGACUUAUCUGACACAGUUCUGAGGCCUGGGGGGAGCUUCUUGUGUAAGAUGUGGGACGGAGGAGAAAGCCAUCUUAUAAAAGACAAGCUAUGGCAGAGAUUUCAGCAUGUGAAGACCGUGAAGGCUAAAGCCAGCCGGACAGAGUCUGCUGAGAUAUAUUUACUGGCAAAAUCACACAAACCUAAAAAUAGCUUGAAAUAGACACUGUCUAUGUACUGCUUUGCUGCUAUGUAUUAGAAGUCUGGACUUUCUAUGCCAGUGUUUCCCAUUCAAGGUGCCUCUAGCUGCUGCAAAACUACAACUACAACAGUUAUAGUUUUGCAACAGCUGAAGGCACCUUUGUUGGGAAACACUUUUAUGUGACUUAAGUAUUGUGUAGAAUUGUGUUUCUCCAUUUUAUUAUAUUUCGAAUUUAAAUACAUUAUUCUAAUUUAAAAAGGCUAUCUUUAAGCACUGUCGUGUAACUACAUAGUUUUUGAUGUUGAAGUCUACUUUCUACUUCAAAAACCACACUAUAAUGCCCUUGUGAUUGUACUUUUACAGUUAAAGGGGUACUCCAGAGGUAAAAAAAAAAAAAAUGUAAAUUAACUUUUGCCAGAAAGUUAUACAGAUCUGUAAAUUACUUCUAUUUAAAUAUUUUAAUCCUUCCAGUACUUAUCAGCUGCUGUAUUCUCCAGAGGAGAAGUUGUGUAGUUUUUUCCAGUCUGACCACAGUGCUCUCUGCUGCCAUCUCUGUCUAUGUCCGGAUCUGCCCAGAGCAGGAGCAAAUCACCACAGCAAACCUCUUAUUCUGGACAGUUCCGGACAAGGACAGAGGUGUCAGCAGAGAGCACUGUGGUUAGACAGAAAAGAACAACUCUGUAGCAUAUGGCAGCUGAUACAGUAAGUACUGAGAGGAUUAAGAUUUUUAAAUAGAAGUUAUUUACAAAUCUGUUCAACUUUUUGGCACCAGUUGAUUCAAAAAAAAUUUUUUUUCUUCCGUUACUAAU